AUGGCGGGUACCAGUCGCUUCAGAUUCCUGGCUAUAGCCAUGGUAUUCCACCUGAUUUACAUAUACUCCAUUUUCGAUGUCUACUUCGUCAGUCCCAUCGUUAGUGGAAUGCAGUUGUUCCGCGUAGAGAGACCUGCCGGAGUUAAGGCGCCGGCAGAUCGACUGGUACUCUUUGUUGGUGAUGGGUUACGCGCAGACAAGGCUUUUCAGUCACACCCCGAACCGUUCCCCGAAACCGAAGCCGACGAAGUCCCGAGACCGCUCGCGCCGUACCUGCGUUCCCGUGUGCUAGAACAUGGCACAUUUGGUGUGUCUCAUACUAGAGUACCUACAGAAUCUCGACCCGGACAUGUCGCCCUGAUCGCAGGACUUUACGAGGAUGUUUCUGCUGUUGCAACCGGUUGGAAAUUGAACCCGGUCAACUUCGAUAGCGUCUUUAAUAGAAGCGCUCACACAUGGAGUUGGGGUAGCCCUGAUAUUCUGCCUAUGUUCCAACAAGGCGCAACUCCUGGCAGGAUAGAUGCGGAUUGCUACGACGCGGAGUUCGAGGACUUCUCUAAAGAGGCGCUUGAGCUGGAUUUUUACGUGUUUGAUCAUGUCAAGGAGGUAUUUGCUGCCGCGCAAAAGAACAAGACCUUAAAUGACGCUUUAAGACAAGAGAAAGUUGUCUUCUUCCUGCAUCUCUUGGGAUUAGAUACUAAUGGUCAUUCGUAUCGACCAUACUCAAAGGAAUACCUCAGAAAUAUUCAAGUCGUUGACCAAGGCGUCAAGGAAAUAACGGAGCUGAUUCAAAAGUUUUACAACGAUGACAGGACAGCUUUCGUGUUUACGGCUGAUCAUGGCAUGAGCGAUUGGGGAAGCCAUGGAGACGGCCAUCCAGAUAACACCAGGACCCCGCUCAUCGCAUGGGGAUCAGGUAUAGCCAAGCCGUAUGUGUAUUCAGGGACUAUCGCCCCCGGUCACGACGAAUACUCAUCGGAUUGGAACCUGGACAAAAUCAAGAGGAAUGACGUACAUCAAGCGGAUGUUGCUGCUCUAAUGGCCUACUUGAUCGGGGUCGAGUUUCCUGCCAACUCUGUAGGAGAACUUCCGCUUUCGUAUCUUUCUGCAAAUAUCAAAGAAAAGGCCGAAGCGUCUUUAGUGAACGCUCAGGAAAUCCUAGAAAUGUACAAAGUGAAAGAGAACAACAAGAAGACAACAGAAAUAAGAUACCGAUCUUAUAAGCCCUUAAGCGAAGAGAGUGGCUCAUCUCCCGAAAAUCGAGUGUCAUCUAUCAGAAAGUUAAUCGAUAAUGGAAACUUUGAAGAAGCUAUCGAGGAGUCCGCAGCGCUGAUGAAAAUCGGACUCGAAGGAAUGCGCUAUUUGCAGACUUACGACUGGCUAUUCUUGAGAGCUCUCAUUACCAUUGGCUAUCUAGGAUGGAUGGCGUACGCUUUGACAACCGUUUUGAACCAACAUGUAUUGCAAGGUAGCACUCAGCCCUCGAGAAACCUUGGUGGCACCAUUGUUUUCUCCUCAAUCCUUGUUACACUUUACGCGUCCUUCAUCGUGUCGCACUCACCCAUCACCUACUAUGCAUACGCUUUAUUCCCUGUAUUCUUCUGGGAAGAAGUUUACGCUCGUAGGGACAGUUUGGUUAAGGGAAGACAGGCCUUAUUUGGGCACAUCAAAACCGGGCCCAAUAUCUUAUCUCUUACGUUCAAUAUUAUCAUCUAUAUUGGCAUCAUUGUGUCGCUGGCAUUUGGAUAUAUCCAUCGUGAAAUAUUUACAAUACUGUAUAUCGUGGGGGCAUUAUAUCCUCUAACUACUGGAGUAUCUUUCCUCCAAAAGUACUCAGUUCUCUCUGCGACUUGGUCUAUAUCAUGUCUGGUAAUGAGUAUUUUUACUUUGCUACCAGCAAUGAAAAUCGAAAGCAUACCCCUUACCAUGAUUGGCGGUUCGCUCAUGGUUGUUGUCGGCAUCCUGUACCUGAUUUUCGAAGAUAAGUUCCUGGCCGGCUCUUCAAGUUCAAAGAAAAGCAGCACAUUGCAGAAGGGUAAUGAAAUUUCCCGAACUUUAAUUGGGAUUCAGGUUGGGCUUAUCAUAUUGGCUAUGCUUGUCACUCGGAGCAGUGCUCUAUCACUUCAAGCAAAACAGGGCUUGCCACGCGGGAACCAGGCUGUAGGGUGGUUGGUGUUGGUCGUAUCGUUUUUGAUGCCUGUCGCUCAUCGACUUCAACCUAAUCACUAUUACCUUCAUAGGCUACUAGUUGUUUUCCUUACAUGCGCACCAACCUUCGUCAUCCUUACUAUCUCCUACGAGGGUCUAUUUUACUUCGCAUUCAGCUUGUUACUAGUUACCUGGGUACGAUUGGAACACCACACCUACGAAUUCCUCAAGUCAACUAGAAAGGGGUCGACGGAAGACAAAGAUAACAACAAGAAACCGGCGGAGGCGGUAGUGUCCAAAUUCCGGCCGCUAGUUCUAUCGGAUGCUCGUGUGGCUUUGUUCUUCUUUAUUCUACUACAAUCGGCCUUCUUCAGCACCGGCAAUAUCGCGUCUAUUUCUUCAUUCAGUUUAGAAAGCGUAAACCGACUUCUUCCAGUAUUUGACCCCUUUUCCCAGGGGACACUUCUAGUUCUCAAGCUUAUGAUCCCGUUUGCGCUAAUAUCAGCGAACCUGGGUAUCCUCAAUAUGAGAAUUGGAGUAGCGCCAUCGGCGCUCUUUAUGGUCGCAAUGGCCCUGACUGACGUACUAACACUCUACUUCUUCUGGGUAGUAAAGGAUGAGGGCUCGUGGCUUGAGAUAGGGUCAACAAUUAGUCACUUUGCUAUAGCCAGCCUUCUUUGCGUCUUCGUGGCCGCUUUAGAAGGGGUGAGCGCAUUAUUUAUUGCAGGUAUCGAAGUGAACAACUCGCACGAGGCAGCUGCUGACGCGAAUCGAAUCUGGAUGGACGCCGAUAUGAAUUCUGAUGGUGGUGAUCUGGCAAGGCAGCAGCAGCAACAGCAGCAGCAACCGCCGCCGCCGCCGCUAUCCGACUCAGGCUCGCUACAUACACCUCCUUCUAAUAACUACAACACACCACCCGGGUCGACGACGAGUACGCAGAAUGCACAAGGCGCGAUGAGCUUCCGAAGACAACGUGCUUCGAGGGCAUGUGAGACUUGUCAUGCUAGAAAGGUGCGAUGCGAUGCGGCGAGCCUUGGCGUCCCCUGUACCAAUUGUGUCGCCUUCCAAAUCGAAUGCAAAAUCCCACAACCUAAGAGGAAGAAGACCCAGGCGAACGCGGCAAAGGAUUCGGACAGCGACCGUGGGGACGUUAUCGAAGAAGCCUCUCCGAAGCCACCCAAUGCCGGCUCCUCUAAUACCUUCCCGGCACGACCGGCUGUGUUACACUCCUCCGAGGGUGUUCCAACAUCGACCGCCAUAGAAGCCCAAGCUAGGAAAGAAGAAGUUGCCCAUGAUACAUACCUCAACUUGGUCAUGAAACCCAAAUUUACCAGAGCCCCUAUCACCGAGGCUGGUAGAGUAGCCUUCUUGGGAGAAUCGUCGAAUCUGACACUGUUGGUUCAUGAUCGCCAGGGAGAUUCAGAUGUUGUGCAUUACCCGCUUCCCGAGAAUGUGCGCGGAUCCAGGGCCCGCUUAACUGAGCUGGAUAACAUUGAGGUCGAUAUUCUCCAUCGACGUGGGGCUUUCUUACUUCCGCCUAGGUCCCUCUGCGACGAGCUCAUCGAUUCUUACUUCAAAUGGAUACACCCUAUCGUACCCGUUAUAAAUAAGACUAGAUUUAUGAGGCAAUAUCGAGAUCCUAAAAACCCACCCUCGUUACUCCUUCUACAAGCUGUUCUACUUGCCGGCUCUCGAGUAUGCCACAACCCGCAACUCAUGGAUGCGAAUGGGUCGACAACGCCGGCUGCCCUGACGUUUUACAAGAGAGCAAAAGCCCUUUACGAUGCUAAUUAUGAGGAUGACCGCGUGACGAUAGUUCAAGCUUUACUCUUAAUGGGUUGGUAUUGGGAAGGUCCGGAAGACGUCACUAAGAAUGUCUUUUAUUGGAGUAGAGUUGCUAUCAUCGUAGCUCAAGGAUCUGGAAUGCACAGGUCCGUAGAGGCAUCACAACUAACCAAGGCUGACAAGAGAUUAUGGAAACGUAUCUGGUGGACGCUUUUCACCCGUGACCGGUCUGUAGCAGUUGCGCUGGGACGACCAUGCAAUAUCAACCUAGACGAUUCAGAUGUUGAAAUGUUAACUGAAGACGAUUUCAUUGAAGAUGAGCCGGACAACGCGAGCGGAGUCGCCCCUGAUCCUAUACAUGUUCAAUUCUUCCUACAGUACGUCAAGCUUUGCGAGAUCAUGGGCUUAGUCCUAUCCCAGCAGUAUUCUGUGGCAUCCAAAGGCCGACGCCAGAAUGCUAUCGAUCUCACUCACAGCGAUAUGGCUUUGGCCGAUUGGCUACAGAACUGUCCCAAAUCGGUAUAUUGGGAGAUGCCGCGACAUCAUUUCUGGAGCGCAUUGCUUCAUUCCACCUAUUACACUACCUUAUGUCUACUACACCGGGCACAUAUGCCUCCUAAUAGUAGUAGCGCCGCCAGGUUUCCAGACGACUCUUCCUACCCUUCGCGAAAUAUUGCCUUCCAGGCUGCAGGGAUGAUCACGUCCAUCAUUGAGAACUUGUCAGCACAUGAUGAGCUUCGAUACUGCCCUGCAUUCAUCGUCUACAGCUUGUUCUCUGCUCUCAUCAUGCACGUAUAUCAGAUGCGGUCACCUGUCUUCUCUAUCCAGCAAGUUACACAGAUUCGGAUUCGGACCUGUAUGGAAGCUCUUAAGGAGGUUUCUAAGGUAUGGCUAGUAGGCAAGAUGGUCCACACCCUGUUCGAAUCAAUAUUGGGGAAUAGAAAUAUGGAAGAGAGGUUACAAAAAGCUGCUGGCAAGCAUCAUAGGAAAGUUCAACAAAGCUUAGCUCAGCUAGAACAGCAUCAGCAAAGACAGCAAGAAGCUACUAAACGGAAAUACGAUGAGAUGGCUAUUGACUUUAGUAUAAAUACACCAGUACAUCAGGAAUCGUACGAACGGUCGCGUCCUCAAACCCCCAGGAACGAACCUAUUCAAAACCAGCCACCACAUAUGGGCCCACCCAUCAACUCACCGAAUACUAGGUCUGGAGACACUUUCAUGGGCACUAACAGCAGACCACAUACCCGACCGGCAACCCCGUUCAACCCAUCCUUCUCCGUCCCAACUACACCUCCGGACCUCUACCUCGUGACUCGUAACUCACCAAACCUUUCGCAAUCCAUAUGGGAGAAUUUCCAACCGGAUCAGCUCUUCCCUGAGAGUUCUCACAUGCCGAUGCCACAAAUGUCGCCGCCGCAGAAUCAGCAAAGUCUCGACCCGAGUCUUGUGAACCCGAUACAGGCUGGUAUGUCACCGCAGUCGCCUAGGCAGACCAACCAGUUCCAACCCCGGGUGCCGAACAAGGUCGCCGUUACGAGUCCCCCGCAGGCUAACAACUUCUUACAACCAGGAAUUGGAGGAUACCAGACCCAGACGAACAACCUGUGGCCGGGAGGCGAGGUCAACACGGGAAUGCCGGAUGGCCAAAGUCCAAGUGAUAGCUGGAGUACCGGAUCCGGACAGCAGCCUGUGCCGGCUACCUUGAAUGUCGAAGAUUGGUUCCAAUUCUUCGGUAUUAACGGGAGCGAUGUAAAUUUUUCAGGCUUGGACAUGCCCAUAGGCUGA